AUUUUUAGAAUCAAUUUGAAGUACAAAAUCAAUUCUACUUUAGAAUAACCAAAUGGAAUCAAACAUACAUCAAAGAAUCGGUGGUUAAAGUGAAGUGCAAUCAAUUUCUUCCAUUUCCAUAUCCAACAUGAGUAAGAAUGAUGAGAUUAACCCUAAAACCAAAACCCCUCUUCAACCUUCUUCAAGUGCAGAUCAUGGUUCAACCAAAUUUUCAGGCCACAAAUCUCAUAUCAACCCAGCAGAAACAGCCAUUCCUGAUUCCGCAACUCUGAGAGAUCAAUGGAAAUACGCUACCAGACAGUAUGGUAAAUGGUAUUCUCACGCUUGGGGUACUGCCAUUCUUGCUGGUGCUGCUUUCUUUGCUCUUGGUUGGUUCAUCAAGGGUGAAAAUCCAAUUCCUUCUUUCAAUUCCAAACCUAAUUCCUCUCAUGAUGCUCAUAACAAGGAUAAACCUACUCAAUCCAAAUAAAGUUUCAACCUUUCUACUGCUUCAUUCCCUUCUGUUGGGUGCCAUUCCCUGGAAUGAAGCCACAUAAGAGCUGGUUUUGGUCUAUGUUGACAGUGCCCUGAUGAAGGCUCACCUUGAUUGUGAAAGUUUAAGUUUUUCUUGCUAUGAGAAAACAGAAUAUGUUAUUAUGUUUUUCUUUUCUUUUUUCACUUCUAAUUACAAAAUGUCACUUCUUUUUAUUUUUAUUUUUUUAAGUCUUGUACAUAAAACUGUAGUUACAAUAAAAGUUUGUUUUUCCAGUGUUAUUUAUGAAAAAA